AUGUUGCGGGGUGCUUAUAAUUUCCCACCGAACCCGACACCACCCGUUCAACCCCAACCGAUCCCGAUGCAACCCUUUCAACAACCCGAACCCGACGACGAUGUGGAGGUUGUUCCCGAAACCCAACCGGCUAAAGGAAAAGGAAAACUAAACAAAGGUAAUAACCAAACGGGUGACGGUUUUUGGUCCAAGGUUUUGGCGAAGUUCCUCGAACUUAUGGACCAAGGCCCGUAUCGUGAUAUCGACUCGGUGUCGUCAAAGUGGCGGAAAUUGAACUCGGCCGUCAAUAGGUUUUGCGAGGAAUAUAAUAAAAUAUAUACAAGUGGGCGUCGUAGCGGCAUGAGCGACGACGAUGUUUUCAAAAAAGCGUUGGACAACUAUAAGAACAACAAUGGUAAUACCAACUUUGCUCACGUUCGCGCGUGGGAAAUUAUGAAAAAGGAACCGAAAUGGUCGCCGACUCCUAACGAGGUGGAGAUGGCCAAACGCCAAAAACAUCGGAAACGGGUAGCUUUAGCGCCAGUGGAUCGGACGCGAGAGGAGUACGCCGUACAUGAAGCGGAGCGUCCACCGGGCCGAGACAAAUCAAAGAAGGAGCGGGCCAAGGGGAAAGAAAAGGAAAAGGUGGACCCGAACAUGGUUGAGUUUAUGGAACACCUAAAAAUGUACAACGACAUCUCGGCCCAAAAGACGAAGUCGAAGGAGCGGGCCGUCGAAGAAAAAACUCGUGUACCGGAAGAAAAGUUACGCGAGAAGGUCCGAUUGUCGAAUGAGAAAAUCCGAAUUUCCGAUGAAAAAAUCCGGCUCAAGGAAUGGGAUAUAAUAAUAUCGAUGAAUGUCGAGGACGAACCCGAGCCGAAACGUUCGAUGCUGAAAAAACUACAACACGAUAUCAUGAAAAAACAUCAAAUUAUUUAA